UCGCUCGGCUUCCUGCAGUCCUUUGAACGUACUUCACAGUCGGCGUGCUCGCACGUACUCCGUCCCUCUCUGUAUUAUUGCUCUGAAACUAACCACCAUGGGGAGUUGAAGGCAAAGCGACAGAUAUAUUUUUGUUAUUGCUUUAGCAACUGAAAUCGAUCCAUAUGCCGCGUUUUGGAGCACCGUGUUCACGCCAGUAUCCCCAAUGCAGCGGACCACGGGGAACGGGCUUUCAGAGACGGCUGAAUUGUUUUCCAGCAAAAUCACUGCUAGAGGGGAAGGUCUGACCUCCUUCUUCUGCAAUCAGAGACAUGAGCGUUGUCACAGAAUUACAUGGGAUUGGGUACAGAGGUGGUGGAGGCGUCAUGGCCUCUAUGAAUGGUCCCACACACUUUACCGAAGAUGCCCCUCGACCUCCUGUUCCUGGUGAGGAGGGAACUGAUCUGGACCCUCCGGUCCAGUCAGGCAACAGCCGGCCAAGCACCCUUUCCCAAACCCAAGGAUAUCCCUCAUCUAAAAUGGGAGACCCCUCAAUUUACACACCCUCCUCCUCGUCCGCGACCCCACGUCGUCCUGACCUGGACCUGGGCUAUGAACCUGAGGGCUCAGCUUCUCCAACUCCACCUUAUCUGAAGUGGGCUGAGUCACUACACUCGCUCCUGGAUGAUCAGGAAGGCACCCACCUGUUCAGAAGCUUCCUAUGCCAGGAAGGGUGUGAAGACCUUGUUGACUUUUGGUUCGCGUGCUCGGGCUUCAGGCAGACCAGCCAGGAGAAAAGGGCGAAGUUGGCUAAGGUUAUCUACAGGAAAUACAUCGUGGAUGGAGGCAGCAUUGUCUCCAGGACGAUCAAAGCAGCUACAAAGAGCUUCAUCAAAGACUGCGUGGGAAAGCCACAUCUAGACCCUGCAAUGUUUGAACAGGCUCAGACAGAGAUCCAAGCCAUGAUGGAGGAGAACACCUACCCCUUGUUCCUUAAAUCUGAUCUGUACCUGGAGUACACACGGACGGGAGGAGAGAGCCCCAAGCCUAAUCCCAGUGAUCAGAGUCCCUCAUCAGGCCCAGCCAAGCCCCUGCCUGGCUACCUGCCAACUCUGGCUGAGGAUGUGGAGUGGAGGUGUGGAAGUGGAGUUCGAGAGGUGGAGGAUGAGAAAGAUGAGGAAGAUUGCGGCGAUACACCAGUCAGUAGGCUGACUCAAAGCCUGCUGAUGCACACGGCAUCACAGAGAGCCUCGCCCAGCCGGAGGAGGCAGGACAGCAGGGAGUACAGACCGUGGAAAGAGCCUGUAAACCCAUACUACGCAAACAUGGGCUACGCCCGAGCUCCAGCAACCAGUGCCAACGACAGCGAGCAGCAGAGCAUGUCAAGUGAUGCAGACACAAUGUCCUUGACCGACAGCAGUGUAGAUGGUAUUCCUCCAUACAGAUAUCGGAAGCAGCAUCGGAAAGAGAUGCAUGAAAGUGCCAAAGCCAAUGGCCGUGUGCCCCUACCUCAUAUACCUCGCACGUAUCGCAUACCAAAGGACAUCCACGUAAAGCCGGAGAUGUUUGCAGCAGAGCUCAUCAACAGGCUGGAGGGCGUUCUCAGAGAAAGAGAGGCCCAGGAAAGGCUUGAAGAAAGAUUGAAGAGAGUACGACUGGAAGAAGAGGGGGAUGAUGCUGACGUCUCCAUGACAACCUCCAUGUCUUCUCACAGUAUACCACUCCCCCUCCCCUUAUCGUUUCCACCUCUAUACGGUGCCCGUUAUUCAGAGACCACUGCGAACACAGGAACAGCCGCCACCUACGGCGGCCUGGUUACCAUGGAGGACCCUCACGAAGACAACCCAGAAUCUAUUUUGGAUGAGCAUGUGCAGCGGGUGAUGAAGACGCCGGGCUGCCAGUCGCCAGGGGCUACCAACAGCAGCUCAGGCGGAGGAGGUCGGCACACUCCACCCAAAUCGUUGCGCUCACCUGACGGUGGAAUCGGACCGCCUCACUACCCCUCUCACAAAGGCGGAGGACACAGUCUGCCAACUGUGGGGGCAAAAGGCAUUUUCCACCAUAAGCAGGUAUACCACCACAGAGGAAGAGACGGACAGGAGGAGAUUGGAGGUCGGCCUCUGCCCAACGUCCUGUGGAACGGAGACCAAGCCAAUCAAUACGCAGGCCGGAGAAACUACGCGGACGGAGCUGGAGCCAGCACUCUCGAGGGCAUGGGUAACAGUAGCAAAGGCAGCACAAUGUCACGGCGGGGUGGUAAGAAGACAGAAACAUCGAGCAAAGGUGACGAAAGUGGGCGUGGCCUGGAAACCCCGGUGUAUUCAGGCACUCAGGUGGAGGAUCUGGAAAGAAACCAGAAGAUUAUGCAGUGGAUGAUGGAUGGAGACCGGCAAAGGAAGAGUUCCCAUGGUGGCAGUACCAGUAGCUCCAGGAGAACAGGAACCAGCACCGACUCCCCACGUCCAACUUCAGUUGAACGACCUGGAGCCGUGCACCCAUGGGUCUCCGCUCAGCUGCGCAACAACUCCUCCUCAGUGUCCACAGCUAUCCCUGGCUCAUCAUCCACUCAAGUUCAGCCUUCGCAUCCUUUCAUCCAGGACCCGGCUAUGCCACCCAACCCAGCUCCCAACCCCCUCACGCAGCUGGAGGAGGCUAGAAGGAGGUUGGAGGAGGAGAGGAGGAGGGCUGCUCUACUACAGGCUAAGCAGAAACACAAGUCUGGGAAACGACAGGUGUGUGAGAACAUGACCGUAGCGUACUACUUCUGUGGAGAGCCCAUCCCAUACCGGACAUCAGUAAAGGGCCGCGUGGUGACUUUGGGCCAGUUUAAAGAGCUGCUUACCAAAAAGGGCCACUACAGGUUCUACUUCAAGAAAGUUAGCGAUGAGUUCGACUGUGGUGUUGUGUUCGAGGAGGUCCGCGACGACGACGCGAUUCUGCCCAUCUUUGAGGAGAAGAUUGUCGGGAAAGUGGAGAAGGUUGAUUGAAAUUUGGGAACAGGAAAUGGAAUUAGUUGAUUUUGAAAGGAGGAGAUGCAAAGAAAACGUUCGGGUUGAAGAAACGGAAUAACCUGUGGGAAAUCGAACGUUGGCAAGAAGAAUGUUGAAUGAGCAACGUGUCUCAGAAGGGAGAGGAGGGUGCAUAGAAUGAUUGAGGAAGAUGGGAUUUUCAUGGAUAAAUAAAUACCUGCGUGGAUUAAAAACAUAAAGGAAAAAAAGCUCAGUCAGAUCAUGCUGGAAUGGAGGAAAGAACAAAAUAUUUCACCUGUUCUGUUCUUCAUGCAUCAAUAAGGAGAGCUGUAAAAAUAUGCCUCAGCAGUCUUUUCCUGCAAUCGAUGGAAAGAGGUGAGGAGACUUCUGGAAGAAAAGAGGAUAAAAGUAGUCUUCCACUUCUGUUCUGGAGGAGUCUGUCCUCUGCAGACCAUUACAAUGCUGCUACAUUACCACGGAAACGCUUCAGUCGGUGCUUGGGACAGUGAAGAUGGCAGGUUCCCUCCUCUCAGGAUCCGAGCCGCCUCUCGCUGUCUCUGUUCCUCAACAGCUGGGGACCGGUGGGAGAGGACAAAAAAAAUCUUGGAACUUUUUCACCUGCUUCUCGUUUUUUUUGUUUUGCCUUUGUAGCCUCAGAACAGAGAGACUUAUCACGGUAACACGGCCCAACGUGUUACUCACUGAUCUCUCACAUCCUUUUGUUCAGACGACAGUUCUCUACAUAACUUGUUUACCAAAGCUACAUAUUUUUGAUAGGACAAGUAUUCUAGCUACUUGUUAUCAUUUCAUUUGAUUUGUAUAUGAACAGGUACUAUUACUUACUGCAUUUACUGCAUUUUUUAGUCAUAUCUCACUUUAUAUUGUAUUAUUGUGUAUGUUUUGAAAAUAGCUUGUCAGUCACGUUUCUCGUUAUCAAAUCAUGAAAGUACCUGUCGUUUCUGUCCUGUCGACACACAGAUUAGGAUUCGCUUCCCUUAAACUUUUUUUUUUUUUUAAGCUCGCUUUUUUCUCCACUAUAGUUUUAGUCACCGCCCUCCCCCUUUUACAAACGCCUCUGCAUCUUUUCCACGUCCACUGGUGCACAUCGAUUGGAAAUCAUCCGUUGUAUGUGAGGUUUGUUACGGAGUGCGGGUAGUGGGUGUGCUCAGUCCGUGCAGGUCCUUAAAUUCUGGUCCCGAGUUGAUCCCGGAGGGAGCCGCGGGUAACUUGCAGAGUGGUUCACAUUAUUGUGUUUACAGGUCUUCAGAUUAAGUUAAUAUGGAAAUUGCCUUUUCUUUUUCUGCUUGGUGAAAUCCUCAACAGGAGGUUUAUUCUGGGUGCCUGCCUGGUCAGUGCUAUUACUCUAUUAAAAAGCUAAUUCUGAAUCAUAUUCAAGCCUUUAUCUAUCUUCCUUGUAAACUCUGCCAAAGAACACGAGACCUAUGAGCUUACAUGCUUGUCUAAGAAUACAUUUUUUCCAUAAUGAGCUGAAGGGAAUGUUCCUCCUGCAAAUUUGCCAACCUAAAACAUGGCAGUCAGACAAUUAGUUUGAAAUAGAGAUGCAGCGAUCAGACUUUUGUGAUUUUUCUGGACCUAUAAUAUCUUUUUUUAUUUUUUUAUUUUUUAAGAUUUUAUCUGCCUAAGUCUAUUUUAGUCAAUUUCUGAUUUCUCUUUACAAACUUUAGUUACAAGCAGUCAAAAUGUGUUUGUCUAGCUUUCCAGCCAUGAACAGUCACUACUUAUUUCGUUUAGAAGCAGAGGUGUUGUCACUGUGUAUGUGUCUGAGAAAGUGUUCACUGUAAAACAGAAUUUCACUAUUUAAAGCAAAGACAAUGUGAUCACAGAGGUGACAUUUUAAGAUGGCAUUAGCAUGCUUUAUUAAAGCCUAGCACGGUUACCUUCACAGUCUGUUUAUUGCCUUGACCAGGGCUCUGAAACCAGUGGCUCCUUAAACCCUCCACUGUGGUUCUUAAUAUUUUGUCCAAAACGCCUAAGGCAAUAUUUUAAAAUGUAAAAGUAAUUUAAAAAUGGUAACAACUUAAUAAUAAAUAAGUACUAUCAAAACAAGCCUUGCUUUUGUGGCUCUGAACAAAUUAGCUGGACCAAAGGCGAAAAUGGCUCUUAGGGUUGUAAAGGUUGCUGACCCCUGGAAUAGGCAAUGUGAAAAUUUACCACAACUCUGAGAGGGGGGAGUUCCUAUCAAACUUGUUAAAGUGUUGAACAGGUGCCCGCUCAGCACCAGCUGUUUGGGUUCUUACCACCACAAGCUCUGGCACAGAUAAACUGGUUCAACCUUAGCACCGGAUUUGAGGAAAGAGCUUGAGGUGUGCUUAAUGAGACCACCAAACAAUCAAAACCUGGUGAAGCGCUGUUUAGGACUCACGCUUUAGUUUGUUUUUUAUCUGCCUAAUUUAAGACAAGCAAACCCUAAAAAAAAAAUCAUUGAAACGUCACACAACCCUGAAUGCCAUUUCUGACUCUGAUCCUAAACAUAGUCUUUUAAUGUCACGAGCUCUUAAUAAAUCCAGCUCUAAAAUUGGUUCAUCUCCCCUUUCCCAACUCUGGUCCAGAUCAGAAAUCAGCUGAUUGGGAUUUAGAAACUUGAACAGGUAAAACCUGUCUAAAACAGUGAAAACGUUAAGAUUUUAAUAAUAGGACAUCUGUUUGCAGAUAUGCUGAGAUGAAUAAUGUGAUUUCUGUAGUUAAAUUGUCUCCUUGCACUGCGAUUCUUUACAAAAACCCAUAUGAGGAUUUUACUGGAUGAGGUGUUUAUAGGUUGCUCUCAGGUUGUGGAAAGUCGAACUGGUUCUUUUAUUUAAAAAAAACACAAAUAAAAUUUCAAAAUGGCUGCCCAGAUAUCCAUAUCAUUUUAAUUGAUUGAGGUUGAAAGUUAAAAAACAAAGAGACAUAGCGACUGUGCUUUGAUAUGUUUAGCCUCCCUGUUAUCUGCAGGAACAUCACUCCCCUAUUGAAAUGAACAGCCAAGAUGAAGCUUCUUUCACCUUCUGUGCUUCCUUCAUUUUAGGACCUUUUUGUACCAUCUUCCUUCCUGAAGAGUGUUGCUAUUAGUUUGACUCUGUCGUUUAUAGUUAUGAAUCUAAUCUCAGUUAACGCGCUCUAGGUUCUGGUUUUGUGUUUAUUUUACAGACAUGCGUUUGGUGUUAAAUCUUGUCAUCUAACGGUUGUCGAGGAAACAGAAAAAGCACAUUUUAAAUCCCCUGUCCUUUUAACCGCUUCCAUUAGUACUUUACUGCAGGGGAGCCUCAGUGCCGCAGUAUCUUAGUUUUGUUCAGCUGGUUCACUGAAACACACCAGCUAUCUGAGCUGAAUGUAUUUUUAUCUUUUGCUCAUUUCCUGAAAGGAAUCAUCUGCCUCCAGUAUUGAUCUCAUGCUGUUGGGUCGGGUUGCGCUUUUUUAUCCCCAUGCUGGUAGAUAAUUGAAUGUGUCCGUCACACAGGUUCUGUUGGAAUAUCAAGGACGUUGUCCUGGGUUGAAAGAUCUGAAUUGUCCUUAAAACCCCUUAUGCCUUCAGAUGAAAAUAAAAAAUUUAGAUAUGUAUUUGUUUAUAAAAAAAAUAAUAAUAAUCACUGAGCAUGUUGUUUAUAAGGAAAGCUUUUGAAAUAAUUUAAUUAUCUAUUUGUAUUGUUUCUGUGCUAGCUGCUUUGGCCCUCUGACAUCUUGUAACAUUAGCAACGGGCAGUUAAAUGACAACAAUUGUCAAGUUUUUUUCUGAUUUAGUUUUGAAACGACAGCAAGAACACCUUCAUCUGCUGCAGUGGGGAUUUGUGUCAAACACAGUGCCUUUUUAUCAUGUUUUCUUAACCAUUCUAUGUUUUUAAUGUAAAAAAUGUAGUCAUAAGUCACUCCUGGUGUGUGUUUUCUUUAGGGCCGCAGCGUUGCUCUUUCACGCUUCUGUUCAGAUCAACCUUGUGCUGUAAAUAUGUAUAUUAUCAUUUCAUACAUGUUCUCAGACCCGCACCACAUUGUCUAUGGUGUUCCUGUUUUUUGUUUUUUUUCCAAUGCAAAGAUGUCCCUGUGCUGGUUCCACUUGUACAUUUCUUUUAAAAAGGUACUUCAUAAUAAAGAUGUUGAAUAAAC